UUCAGGAUGCUUUGCAUAAGCAAAACCUGUUAAAAGUAUCCUACCCGUGACAUGCAUGUGGCAGUUUCAAAACUGGAAGUAUCCUUACACCAGACCCUCAAGUGCCGUGCCACGCUCAUGAUGUAAUAUGCAAUAUUCAUUCUACGGAAUCGUGAUUAGUUUCAAUUUUCAAGCGUCAUGGAUAAAAUAUUCUCCACAAAUUUACAUAAUCUUUUAAUUUUCGUGUUGUAUGGCGUGAUUUAUACAGCCGGACAAAAUCUUAAACCCGGCUACUGUCCCACCGCGGAUGUGCCGAACGGCGCACGCCAGUGCAAUCAGAACGAUUACGAUUGUCCCGGUUCGCAGAAAUGCUGUCAAGUGGGCUCUACCACUUUCUCGUACUGCGCCGAUGCCGUGUCAAAUAACCUUUGGGGCAACAAGCCCGGCACGUGUCCCUCAUCGAGCAGUCUGUCUUGGUCAUGGAACAGCCAGACCUGUAUUUCGGAUAGCCAAUGUCCAGCGGCGCAGAAAUGCUGCCUUAGUGCAUAUGGAUAUUCCUACUGUUCGGCCGUCGCGACAUCACUGACCGACAAUAAACCGGGAACGUGUCCGUCGGUGUCUCUGAGCACCGGAACCUGUGUUAUUGAGUGCGCAAGCGAUGCUGGCUGUUAUGGAUCCACCAAGUGCUGUAGCAAUGGAUGCGGACGGGUGUGCUUGAAUCCGGCGGAUGCGACAACAGGUGGCAGCAAACAGGGUAUCUGUCCACCGUUGACCUCGUCAUCCACUACGGGCGGCACGACACUGCAAUGCUAUCGGGAUACGGACUGUUUUGGCAAUCUGAAAUGCUGCAGAAACCUGUAUACUAAUGUCUGCCUUCUCCCGUAUGGAACAUCCAUAAUAACUGGUUAAGUAGUAAAAUUUUUGCGUUCGUAAUUGCAGAUUGAUCCCGACAUUAUUAAUUUUGUUCACAUAAACAUAACUAUAACGCAAAUCAAAAAUGUUGAUUGCGUAGAAGACAUGCUUGUUUAAAGUUGUUUUACGCGCUCCACAUGCUCCAGAAAAUGCUUGUUUUAUUUUGCAGUCCUUUGUAUUAAGCUGAUAUAUAUUAUAAUAUUCGAUGCAUCACUGCCAGACUAAGCUGACUGCCUCCAAAAAAACAAACAAAAUUCUGUAGUCGAGGUACUGCACAAAAAAGAAUGGAAAGUUACUGUUGCAAAUUCUUUGGACUUCAAUUUUAUUUUACUCUGCUU